AUGUCAGGCUACAACACUGCCACCUGGGAGAUGUCAGGCUACAACACUGCCACCUGGAUGUCAGGCUACAACACUGCCACCUGGGAGAUGUCAGGCUACAACACUGCCACCUGGGAGAUGUCAGGCUACAACACUGCCACCUGGGAGAUGUCAGGCUACAACAUUGCCACCUGGAUGUCAGGCUACAACACUGCCACCUGGGAGAUGUCAGGCUACAACACUGCCACCUGGAUGUCAGGCUACAACACUGCCACCUGGGAGAUGUCAGGCUACAACACUGCCACCUGGGAGAUGUCAGGCUACAACAUUGCCACCUGGGAGAUGUCAGGCUACAACAGUGCCACUUGGGAGAUGUCAGGCUACAACACUGCCACCUGGGAGAUGUCAGGCUACAACAUUGCCACCUGGAAGAUGUCAGGCUACAACACUGCCACCUGGGAGAUGUCAGGCUACAACACUGCCACCUGGGAGAUGUCAGGCUACAACAUUGCCACCUGGGAGAUGUCAGGCUACAACAGUGCCACCUGGGAGAUGUCAGGCUACAACAUUGCCACCUGGGAGAUGUCAGGCUACAACAGUGCCACUUGGGAGAUGUCAGGCUACAACAUUGCCACCUGGAAGAUGUCAGGCUACAACACUGCCACCUGGGAGAUGUCAGGCUACAACACUGCCACCUGGGAGAUGUCAGGCUACAACAUUGCCACCUGGAAGAUGUCAGGCUACAACACUGCCACCUGGGAGAUGUCAGGCUACAACACUGCCACCUGGGAGAUGUCAGGCUACAACAUUGCCACCUGGAAGAUGUCAGGCUACAACAGUGCCACUUGGAAGAUGUCAGGCUACAACAGUGCCACUUGGGAGAUGUCAGGCUACAACAGUGCCACCUGGAAGAUGUCAGGCUACAACAUUGCCACCUGGAAGAUGUCAGGCUACAACAGUGCCACUUGGGAGAUGUCAGGCUACAACAGUGCCACCUGGAAGAUGUCAGGCUACAACACUGCCACCUGGGAGAUGUCAGGCUACAACACUGCCACCUGGGAGAUGUCAGGCUACAACACUGCCACCUGGGAGAUGUCAGGCUACAACACUGCCACCUGGGAGAUGUCAGGCUACAACACUGCCACCUGGGAGAUGUCAGGCUACAACAGUGCCACUAUGGAGAUGUCAGGCUACAACAUUGCCACCUGGGAGAUGUCAGGCUACAACACUGCCACCUGGGAGAUGUCAGGCUACAACACUGCCACCUGGGAGAUGUCAGACUACAACACUGCCACCUGGGAGAUGUCAGGCUACAACACUGCCACCUGGGAGAUGUCAGGCUACAACACUGCCACCUGGGAAAUGUCAGACUACAACAUUGCCACCUGGGAGAUGGAAGCACACGAGAAAGUAUCAUGGCGCCGCAAAGUGAAAACUGGCGCAAAAAUUGGAAGAGAAAAAAAAUCAAGUCAACGGACACAAGCUCCAGCUGGCAUAACCUUUCAGCAAGCAGUCGAACAUGCCCGGCUGACAUAG